AUGCUUUCCUCCUGCGCAACCCGCCGACUUAAAACUAUUGUAGGAAAUGGCAAACUCAUCCGUAGUCUCAACCACGACCUUGAAGAGAAUGGUGCUGUUGUAUACGAAGACGACACCAUCAUUGAUAUCGGCAAGACAGAAGUAAUGCGCAAAAAGUAUGCCGGAUCUAAGUACAUCAAUGCUGAUGGUAAACUUAUUAUGCCAGGUCUGAUCAAUGCGCAUGGCCACUACUAUAGCUUCUUCAGCCGUGGUAUGAGUCUCAAAGAUCCACUACCAUACACAUUCCUUGAAGUUCUUGAAAGACUCUGGUGGCGUCUCGACCGUGCUCUUCAGCAUGAGGAUAACUAUUUAUCAGCCGCAGCUGACAAUAUUGCUGCUAUUAAAGCUGGUACAACAACAAUUAUUGAUCAUCAUGCAUCACCAAAUGCCAUUGAAGGUGCACUUGAUGACAUCGCUCAAGCCGCUCUUGAUGCUGGUGUUCGUAAUCACAUUGCUUACGAAGUCACCGAUCGCAAUGGAAUGGAUGGUGCUUAUGCAGGUAUCGAAGAGAAUCGCCGUUUCAUUGAGCGCUGCUACAAGAAAGACAAGAACCCAAUGCUGGCCGCUUCAUUUGGUCUUCAUGCAGCUUUCACAUGCAGUGAUGAGACAUUGAAGAAGUCAGUUGAAGCCCUCGCCUCAGUUAAAGAAGCUGCUGGCAAAGUUGGAUUCCACAUUCAUGUUGCUGAAGGCAAGUAUGAUGAAGAACAAUCAUUGAAGAAUCACGGAAAGACUGUUGUCGAUAGACUCGUCGAGUUCGGCAUUGCUGGCCCAGAAACAAUUUAUGGACACUGUGUUCAUGUCAAUGAUCAUGAACUUGAUUUAAUCAAGAAGACAGGAACAAACAUUGUUACAAAUCCAGCUUCCAACAUGAACAAUGCAGUUGGCCUUCCACGUGCAAUUGAUUUUGUUAAACGCGGAAUUCCACUUGCUCUUGGUACAGAUGGCUGCACAUAUGAUAUGUUCCAGGAAAUGAAGUUCCUUUACUUCGGUAACAAGUUCAUCAACAAAGACCCACGUGUUUUCGGAUGGGAAUCUGGUGAUGUUCUCUUCAAUGGAAACUCCAAGAUCGCUUCAAAGGCCUUCCAGAAGAAGGUUGGAGUUCUCGAGAAAGGUGCAUUUGCUGAUAUCAUUCUUGUUGACUACCAAGUUCCAACAGUCCUUUCUACAGGAUCACUCCCAUGGCACAUGGUCUUCGGCAUGACAGGAGCAAAUGUCCAUACGACAAUUGUUGGUGGCAGGACUGUCAUGAGAAACCGUGAAUUAUUAAAAAUUGAUGAGAAGGAAGUCAUGGCACGUGCUCGUGAGCGUACUCCAGGCGUCUGGGAGAGACUUUAA